AUGGAGACGAAGCUAUCGUCCUUCCUGCACAGAGCAGAGUGGGCUUUGCUGUCUUUGGAACCUGGCAGCCUGGGUCCAAAAGUCGAUCCCGACCUACGAGGGCCCGAGGGGUUCGACUGCACGGCCUUGCAGAAGCUCUUGGAGCCGACCCGUGGAGGUGAGCUGGUGACCGUGUUGUCGGAUCCAUGGCUGGAGGAGCUCUCGAAAGUCCUCUCGCGCCAGGCGGUCGAUGCAGCCCUGGCUGCCGGCGGUCUGCACCGUCUCGUUCUGGAUCUGACCUCAGCUAGCAUGUCCUUCUUGGAUGCUCCCUCGGGCAGCAGACCGGUCCGCGAGCGAGCGUUGUACAUGCUCGGGGUCGUGUUUCUUCAGCACUAUAUGCGGGCAAACUGCACCGGCCCGGCCAAGGAUGAGGAUGAUGCCUGCCUGCCUUUCCACCCUUCUGCCUCUAUAGAGGAAGGUACCCCAAGUGCUAUCCUUGGCGCCUUGGAGGCAGACGGAGAGCCGUGCUACGAGUUGCUGGUCUGUCCUGGGUACCUUUGGCUAUCGGCCCUGAUGUUCCGACUGGUGCCAAGUGAAAUGCCGAACUUCGAUGGCGCGGCCCUGCCCUUCUGGCGUGCUCGCUGUGCCUUUGCUUGGCAGCUCAGUUUGGCAGAGGCCUCUGAAAGGGGUUGUGGCCAGAGCCCAUCACUCUUCCGGGCCUCUGUGUACGAGCUGGUGUCCGGAGAAGCUUCGCCGCUCUCGACCAAGGGCUUCCUGGAAGCUUCCGCACUCUCAGCCAUUCAAGCCGCCACGGCCCCGCUCCUGGAUACCUGGAAGCGGUCCACGGAACGGCCACCGGCAGUUACCCCAACCAUAACCCUGCCAAAAGCCCAGGAGUCGGAGACCGAGGUGGAGGGCAGUGAUGCCUUGGAGGCCCUCCUCGAUGUCUUUGAGCCCCCGGCACGAGCCCCAGCCUCCGCGGAAGUGCCAGGGGCCGUUCGGGCCACGGUCCUCGUCGAGUUGGCGAAUCGCCUCUGCUGGUACAGCCGCCUGAAGAUCUGGGAGAAGAGCAGCGAUGCAGCCUGCAAGGCGAUAGGCUUCCACUACGAGCUUACUGGUGUGAUGGGCAUUAAGAGAGAGUUCCAGACGACCGAGUUUGCACAGCUGGUUGUCCGAGCGAAAAGUCAGGCGGCCGGCAAAGGCAUUGAAGUAGAAGAGUCUGAUGCCAAGAAGCCCGAGACACUUAGCUUGAAAACAGUGGACGACAUGACGGACGUGCUUGAGGUCCCUAAGCUUUCCAAGUCUGUUGACGAGGAGGUGCGGCUUGAGAUCGAAAGGCCCUUGACCGUCACUGAACAGAUUAUUCUUCUUUCCCGGUGUCAAUACAUCUGGGCAUCUAGCAAUCCCAACGACGAGAUGGUGCUGCAAGAGAUCAACGCUUUAGCACAGCGCGUUGUCAAGACGCAAGACAAGGCGAGGGAGGAGGAGGCAAACGAAGGGCCCUUAUUUACUGCAAAUUGGCUAACCUUCAGCUGUGGUCUUUGGUACCGCUGCCGAGCCGAGCAUCACCGAAAUAAGACUCGCGAGCGCGCAGCAUUCCAACUGCAGUCCUUGGUGGAUCAGUUUGCAGACGAACGUCCCUCUGCUGCCCAUCGACUGCGCACGGUCCACAGCGCCGGGUACCCGGCCCGAUUCCACCUCCAGCACGAAAUGGCCACCCGCAUGAUGCGCAUGGGGAUGAUGAGCACUGCCCACGAGCAGUUCAAGAAGCUGAGGAUGUGGCCCGAGGCCGUGGAGUGCCUCAUCUGUGCCGAGCGUAACGUGGAGGCUGAGGACAUGGUGAAGGACCUAAUCGAAAAACAGCCGUCGCCCCGGCUGUGGUGCUGCCUUGGUGAUAUCGUCAAGGACCCUGCUCACUACGAGAAGGCAUGGGAGCUUUCCAAUCGACGCUUCGCCAGAGCCCAGCGGGCUCUUGGUAAGUACUACUUUGACAAGAAGCAACUGGACAAAGCGGUGGAGUCCUUCAAGCUGGCUCUCGACAUCAACCCCAUGUUCGAGGGCAUUUGGUUCACUCUAGGUGUUGGCCUGAUGCAGUUGGAGAGGAUGGAGGAGGCCAUGAUCGCCUUCUCCCGCGUACUUUCCAUCAACGACGAGGACGGCCAGGCGUGGGCGAACCUUGCUGCCGUACACCUGCACCAAGACCGCGUGAAGUGUCGAGUUCUGGUUCAAAACCUGGCUACAGACAGCUUGCUGAUCCUCGUAAACAUGCCGUGGUUCUACAGCCUUUUCCUUGCUGCUGGGGCGGUGACGGCGGCUGCGACGGCGUCCGCGACGGCCGCGACAUGCCUCAAUGCCCAAGCCUACGGCUCGGCGGAGCAGCGAGGGGAGCCCUUCAGCAAGAACGUCCAGGACGCGGAGACCUGCCAGUCAUCCUGUGCGAGCUCAAACAAUUGCCGCUAUUUCACCUACGACACGAGCACAGCAGACUGCUGGCUGCUGGACCAGGUUCUCUUCUUGCAGAUCGACGAAAGCGCCAUCUCGGGUACCGUGGACUGCAUUCUUCAACAGCACGAUGAAGAUACGAGGAGUGAGCAUGUCAUGGGCGGGCUGAAGAGAGCGGCCGAGUUUGUCUACGAUCGGACGACGGAUGACCAGAUGCGAAACGAUGCGAAGCACGUCAAGUGGUCCUGUGAGAACGGCUUCCUAGAAGAGGAAAGUUAUGGGAGUGUGAGACGAGUGAUGAUGGAGCUCUCAAACCUCGUCUCCGCACCGGCUGGGCUCGAGGAAGCUGCUUCGCACGGGGCGAUCCUUACGACGGAUGAUGUCCACUGGCUCACGAGUCACAUGAAAGGUGAGGACGUUAUGAGCCUUCACCUGGGUCACCUGGCGGACUACGAAGAUGCAGAGACAGGUGCGUCCAACAGUGCUUGCGAGAACGCUAACAUUGGCUGUGACGAAGGUGGAAGCUUUGGAGCCGGCACACCUUGGACGAAUGCCAUUGUGAAGUUUUGCUUUGACAUCCACAUUGCCCCAAGUGCCCGGGAAGCCUUGACAUGUGCCAUGCAGAAGGUCUCAAGUCAUCUACCUGGCAUCGUCUUCCAGAAUGUGCAAUACACCGGGGUCGACACAUGUGGUCAGUCGCCGGCCAUCUUCAUGCAGUCAAACGGCCGCCGCAGCGGCCAUGGCUGCUGGGCAGACAUCGGCAUGUCCACGUCCUUGUUCGGAGGGAAUCAGAAGUUGAACAUACAAACUCCUGGCUGUGACAACUGCGGCACCGCAACUCAUGAGCUUCUCCAUGGCCUCGGAAUGGCGCACGAGCAGGCGAGAUCGGAUCGGGACCGAUAUGUCACCAUCCUAUGGAACAACAUCAAGCCCGGAAUGGAUAAUCAGUUUACCAAGAACUCAAAAGCGGAUACUAACCGCCCGUAUGACCUCAUGUCCAUCAUGCACUACGGCUCCCGAUCGUUUUCGAAGAACGGCCGGGACACCAUGAUAGUGAAGCCUGCGGCAUACCACGUCUACACGACAGACCCUUCGCAGUAUCAGUUCUACAGGAUUGGUCAGCGCAUGGGAAUGAGCACGCAAGAUGUGUCCCAACUCUCGGACUUGUACGGAUGUGACGACUUUAGCCGCUGCAAGCCCGUGAGAGGUGGUGGCAACUUCCUCGCCGACGUGUUUUCUCCCGCGGGAAUGUCCUCCGGAUCAGGUUUGAUCAUUGUGAUAGUGGUGGCCUUGGUGGUCCUCCUCGGCGGGUGCGCGGUUUUCUUCUGCUUCUGCAGUGGCAGUCGUCAGGCCAAGGCAGUGAGACCGUAUCAGAGAAUGGGACCAUGA